CCAUCAUCAACUCAUGUAUUCAUAUAUUCCGUAAUAUUCUCGUCGUAGUUUUCAUCUUCCAUGGCUCUUGUUAUUCCGAUAAAGAUGGACACUAUACAUUUAUGAAAGAUGCAACAUUAGCACCAAAGCUAGCUAGUUUCGACUACAUAGUCAUCGGAGGAGGAACCGCAGGUUGUGCAUUAGCCGCAACGCUCUCUCAAAACGCAAGUGUUUUGGUUCUUGAACGUGGUGGCUCACCCUAUUACAAUCCCACGGCCACUGACAUUGGCAACUUCGCUAACACACUCUUAAACAACACACCAGACUCAUGGUCGCAGCUCUUUAUCUCCGAGGACGGCGUUUACAACACACGGCCACGUGUCCUCGGUGGAGGCUCGGUGCUGAACGCAGGGUUUUACUCACGUGCGGGCGAUGUUUACGUGGAGGAAGCUGAGUGGGAGAUGGAUGAAGUGGAAGCUGCUUACGAGUGGGUCGAGAAGAAACUUGUGUUCGAGCCACAAGUAAUGGGCUGGCAAGCCGCGUUGAGGGAUGGGCUUUUGGAGGCUGGAGAGUCUCCGGACAAUGGUUUCACGUACGAUCAUAUCUACGGGACUAAGAUCGGCGGUACGAUCUUUGACCAUGCUGGUCACAGACACUCGGCGGCGAACCUGUUAGAAUAUGCUAAUUCGGAUGCGAUUGUUGUUUACUUGCACGCUUCUGUUCACAAGAUCCUCUUCACCACCAAAGGUAGCCAAAAACCAAAAGCGUACCAAGUGAUAUUUGAGGACGCAAAUGGAGUGUUCCACAAGGCAGAGCUAUCAAAUAACGCAAUGAACGAAGUGAUCUUGUCAGCUGGAGCCAUGGGUAGUCCGCAACUGUUGAUGUUAAGUGGCGUUGGCCCUGCAGCCCAUCUCGCGGCUCAUGGCGUGAACCCACUCGUCCUAGAUCACCCUAUGGUUGGACAGGGAAUGGCUGAUAAUCCCCUUAACGCCCUGUUCAUCCCUUCUCCUCAACCUGUAGAAGUAUCCCUCGUACAAGCUGUUGGGAUCACAAAGUUUGAUAGUUACAUCGAAGGUGCAAGUGGCUUGAGUCUCUCUUUUGAUUUGACCAGUAGGUUUUUCGAUAGUGUCUUGAAUCUUUUCAACGAGAUGCAGACAAGCCGUACUACAUCUAGGGAAAGCCUGACCAAAUCUAUCGUAAACUUAUUAAAACCCUUAGAUCUCAGAUUGAACGUGAUGUUGAAAGGGGGUUUGAUAAUCCAAAAAAUCGAUGGACCAGCCUCGAGUGGACACAUGGAGCUCCGGAACAGAAACCCGAAGGACAACCCUUCAGUGACAUUCAACUACUAUCAAGAACCAGAGGAUUUGAAUAAAUGUGUUGAAGGGGUUGCCACCAUUAUUACAGUUAUAAAUUCAAAGGCUUUCUCCAAAUACAAGUUCCCUGGUGUGACCGCGCAUGAGCUGUUAAGUCUCAUGUUGAGCCUUCCCACCAAUCUGAGGCCGAGGCACUUAAGCUCAAUUUUUAACUUGAAGCAGUUUUGCAUCGACACUGUGAUGACUAUUUGGCAUUACCAUGGAGGUUGCCAAGUUGGAAGAGUGGUUGACAAGAAUUAUAAAGUCUUAGGCCUUGAUUCAUUAAGGGUCAUCGAUGGAUCCACGUUUCUCAAGUCUCCGGGGACUAAUCCCCAAGCCACGGUCAUGAUGCUCGGAAGGUACAUGGGACAGAAAAUUCUUCAAGAAAGGACGGCUUUGCGCGAAAAUUAGCAAGAAUCCUAAGGUUCUAAUUGAGAUAUGCCCAUUAAUUGCUCCAAUAUUCUUGUAUUUGGAUUGUUACUAGGAUCCUCCAAAAUAUAAAAGAAAAAAAACCCUUGGGGAAGUAUACAUAUUGUA